CAAAUUCCAAUUUUUUUAUUUUAAAACGAGUUUCUUCAAAUCACAUGCUAAUCAUUUUCUAUUUUCAUUCCGCUAAUUAAUGCCUCCCCCAAAAGGAGAUCCAAAUGCUAUAACUGUUGUAUGCUUGAGAGCAGUUGGGGGUGAAGUUGGUGCUACUUCCUCCUUGGCUCCUAAAGUUGGACCUUUAGGAUUGUCUCCUAAAAAAAUCGGAGAUGAUAUAGCAAAAGCCUCACAAGAUUGGAAAGGUCUAAAAAUUACAGUCCAGCUUACCAUCCAAAAUAGACAGGCAACUAUUGCAGUGGUUCCAUCAACUGCCUCAAUGAUAAUCAAAGCUUUAAAAGAACCACCAAGAGAUCGAAAAAAAGUCAAAAAUGUAAAACAUAAUGGGGAUAUAACAAUGGAUGACAUAUUUGAAAUUGCUAGAUGUAUGAGGCCUCGGUCAAUUGCGAAAUCUUUAGAAGGUACAGUUAAAGAAGUUUUGGGUACUGCACAAUCUGUUGGAUGUACUAUUGAGGGUUCUAAUCCACAUGAUAUUAUUGUCAAGAUUAAGAAUGGUGAGUUAGAAAUUCCGUUAGAAUAAAAUUCAUAUAAAUGGGCGAUUUUUAUAAUAUUUAUUAUAAAUGAUAAUAAACAUAUGUUACAUGAUUUUGUAAUGUGUUUUUAUAUGAAGUGAGAAAAGAUAAUUAUCUUAUAAAUUUAAAAAAUAA